AUGGGCCCUACCAUAAAGUUGAGCAGUGGUCACGAGAUGCCCCAGGUGGGCUUUGGUCUCUGGAAGGUGGAGAAUGAGAAAGCCGCCGACAUAAUCUACAAUGCCAUCAAGGUUGGCUACAGGUUGUUCGAUGGUGCCGCCGACUACGGUAACGAGAAGGAAUGUGGCGAGGGCAUCGCCCGCGCCAUCAAGGACGGCCUGGUGACUCGCGAGGAACUAUUCAUCACGUCGAAGCUAUGGCCCGUGUUCGAGGACGGGGACAAGGUCGAGCCUGCAAUCCGGCGGUCGCUGUCCGACUGGGGCCUCGACUACUUCGACCUGUACCUCAUCCACUUCCCGGGCGCGCUCAAGUACGUGGACCCGUCGGUGCGGUAUCCGCCAGGCUGGCAUUACGACGGCCAGUCCGAGGUCGUGCGCAGCAACACGCCCAUGCACGUGACGUGGGCGGCGAUGGAGUCGCUCGUGGACAAGGAGCUGGCGCGGUCGAUCGGUGUCUCCAACUUCCAGGCGCAGCUGAUCUACGACAUGCUGCGGUACGCGCGGAUCCCGCCCGCGGCCCUGCAGAUUGAGCACCACCCUUAUCUCGUGCAGCAGGAGCUGCUGAACCUGUGCAAGGCCGAGGGCAUUGCGGUCACGGCCUACUCAUCCUUCGGCCCCGCCAGCUUCCUUACCUUCGGCUUCAAGCACGCACAGGCCCUCAAGCCGCUCAUGGAGGACGAUCUGAUCGUCGGGAUUGCCAAGAAGCACGGCAAGGAGCCCUCCCAGAUUCUCCUGCGCUGGGCCACCCAGCGCGGCCUCGCUGUCAUCCCCAAGACAUCGCGUGUGAAUGUCAUGGCGCAGAACCUCGACUGCACUGCCUUCGACCUCGACCAGGCUGAGAUAGAGCAGAUCUCUGCCAAGGACCCUGGCUCUAUCCGUUUCAACCAGCCCUCAAAUUACUUCGAGACCGACAAGUUCUGGAUUUUCGGUUAA